UUUGCUAUACCUCAGCAAAAAUGGAGCAGACUUUCAUCAUGAUCAAGCCUGAUGGUGUUCAGAGAAAUCUGGUUGGUGAGAUAAUUGGCAGAUUUGAAAAGAAAGGUUUCACCUUGAAGGGUCUUAAGCUAACUAGUGUGGAUAGUGCUUUUGCUAAGAAGCACUAUGCUGAUUUAUCUGCCCAGCCCUUCUUCAACAAACUGGUGGAGUACAUUGUUUCUGGACCUGUUGUUGCAAUGGUUUGGGAAGGUAGGAAUGUCGUGGCCACCGGCAGGAAGAUGAUUGGAACCACCAACCCAUCUGAGUCUGCUCCAGGGACCAUCCGUGGUGAUUACGCCAUCGACAUGGGCAGGAACGUCAUUCAUGGCAGUGAUGCUGUUGAGAGUGCGAAGAAGGAGAUUGCUCUUUGGUUCCCACAGGGCAUUGCAGAAUGGAAGAGCAGCGCGCACCACUGGAUCUUCGAGUAAACAUCCGACUUCAACCUUUGGCAUAUUGCUGCAGGAAGUGAUGAGUAUUUACUUCAAAUUGAGUUGUUAGAACAUUGGAUUUGGAAGUUUGUUUUCCUUGCAAUUUGUCUAUUACACAUUUCAGUGUCUAAUACUAGAUGUUAUUUGACUAUUUAAAACAUUUGAAUAAUUUGCCUUUC